AUGCUGUCCGAAACCCUAUCACAGAAUCCUAGCGCAGACAGCGCAGACCCAAGUUCGAGUCUCCAUGUGCAAGAUGAGACCCUCAACUCUUCCCAAGGAUCCCAAUGCCGUUCCUCGAGCGAAAGCAAGGGCCGCCGGAAGUUCCUUUAUCGCUACGAUGUAUCUGAGGAGAAGGGCGUUAUUCCAACUUUAGAGCAUGAUCCGUUUGACUUUCUCGAUCCUCAGAAGAUGGUUGAGCCUCUCUGUAUCCACUGGCGAGAAGCCGAAGCUGCAGGCUGGGAACUAGUGAACGAAGUGAUUGCGACGGAUGGAGCUGGUGCUGUGAUCCCGGCGGAGCUCACAGACAAGCGUCGUAAGAUGUUGGAGAUGGUUGAGACUGCGGCUACCAUCACCAUCUAUCAUUAUGCUGUCUCGGAUGCUCCCCGUAUCCGUAUCCUUACCAAUGCAAUUCUCUUCCUGUUUCUACAUGAUGGUUUGUGA